AUGAAAAAUAAGUUAAUGUCGCUGUUUUUUGAAACUGGAUUAAUACAGAACAUAAAGAGAGAAGUGGAAGGCUGCCAUAUUUCAAAAAACUAUAUUAACUUUUCCUGAAGCACCUUGUUAUGCCAUCUUUGGAAUCGCUGGAGACACCCAAGGAGGCAGUACCAGGGGAAGUAUUUUUAACUGGAAUGUGUCUGACCUCUGA